AUGAGUUAUCAAGAAAAUCAAUCAGAAUUAGUCCAUUAAGAAUCGCAGUAAAAUUACAAUAGAAAUAAUGACCAAAGUGGUACAAUAUAUGGCGAAGAGUAAGAAUUUUAAGUUUUAGUUCGCAAAAGUGAUUUAGACGAUAUAGAAGAAAUACGAAAACUAAUAACAUAAAAUGGAAGAGAAGCAAACGAUCUAUUAUAUGAUUAUCCUAAUUUAAUAAACUUAUUUGAAAGAAGCUUUUUAAGUGUAACUAUUUUAGAUUAAUAAUAAAAAAUUAUUGGAUGUGCUGUAUUUAAUGAUUACCCUUAAGGACUUACAGGUAUGAUAGAUUUUUAACAUGAAAAUUUUUGGGAACAUUGGAUGUUUGAAGCUUUUGAUUUUGACGAAGAAAUAUGUGUAACACCAUAUAAUACAAUAUGGAUGACAUAUUUUUUUGUUGCAAAGGAACUUUUAAAUUAUUAAAAUAAAGAAGAUCUUUAUGCUUGUUAAAAAGUUUUUUAAAAUGUAUAUGCAACUUUACCUUAAUUAGAAAGUAUUCUUUUUUUAAAAAGAGGAGAAUCGAUUGAAAAUGAAUUAGCUUAAUCUUAUAUUUAUGAUAUUUUAGAUAAUUUUUUUGUUAAUAUUCCAGCUAAGGAUAAAAAUAGAUUAAAAGGAGUAAGAGGAAUACAUAAUAAAUCAGAAAUUUAUUAUUCACCUAAAAAUUCAUGCACCGAAAUAAUGGAAAUAAGAAUGGCAAGAGAAUAAGAUCAUGAUGAUUUAGCAGAAAUUUUCAAUAAAUAAAGUGAAGUAUUAACUACUUAGUUUGGUGAAUUCUUUAUAGCAGAUUUAAUAGCUACAUAAAAUCUUACAAGAAGAAUAACUAAAAAAUUCAAAAAUAAUGGAAAAGCAAUAGUAGGUUAAGUAAGGGAUAAAGCGGUAGGAUUGAUGAGUAUUUCUACAGACAUAGAUUAUCGUUUUCUUGCCUAAUGUUUUGAAUUAGAAACAUACGAUAAUUUAUUUAAACCUGAAUUUAUGGAAGCUAUAUUAAAUCGAAGAGAUGAUAUACGUAGAGAAUAAUAAUUUAAAGAAGAAGAUUAAAAUUAAGAAAAAUUAAUGCUAAUGAAUCAAGAAAGAAUGAAAAGUCAUUUAAUAGGUUAAAGAAUGACUUUAUAAUAAUUUUGUAAAGAUAAAGAAGCUGAAAUAGUUAUGAAAAUCGAAGAAAUUUUAGCCUCUGAGGAAUAAUAAAAAGUUUUAUCUAAAAAAAUAGUUGAAGACUUGAUAGAUAAUUGGUUAUAAGAAUUCUAAUUGCAUUAUCCUUCCUCCCUUUUUUUUGAAAAUCCUGAUGUUUUCCCUGAAAUAUAAAGUAUUAUUUUGAGUCCUCGAUAACUUUUGAUUUAAUCCUUAUAAUUUUAUGGACUCCCACGCAAUUAUAUGAAUGGAAAUGGUCAUUGGAAAGAUUGGGCAUAGAAAAAAAUGGAAGAAAAGCGUUUGGCAAGUUUAAAAAGGCCUUAAAAGAAAUAACAAGCUCCUAAAAGAGUUAAAAAGAAAUAAGAAGAAGAGAAAAAAGAAGAUGAAUUUAAACCUCCCUCUUAUUUUGAUUUAUCUCCAUUUUAAAAUGCAUUUAAAAAAUUUGUAUCUGUAGUUUCUGAAGGAAGAACUAUUUUUAGAUAAAAAGUUGAAUAAAACUUAAAAUUUAUCAAAAUAAUGUUCUGUAAUGAAAACGGAGAAAUGAAAGAAGAAAGACAUGUUGAUUUAAAUGAAUUAGGUUCAAAUUUGAAUGCUAAAAAUAUGGAUAUUCCUUAAGAAGUAUGUGAGAAUUUAGCUUCUUUUCUUGAAUGUUUUGGAGAAAUUGUUUAUGAAACGGAAACUAUAAUGGUAGUUCCUAAAGAAGAUCCAGAUUAAAAGAAUACGAAAAAUACAAAAAAAUUCGGAAAUGAAUAAUAAGAAUAAAAGUUUGUUCCCAAAAUUCUAAAAAAAACAUCUUUUAUAGAAUUUUUUGAUGCAAUUCAUAAAAUGAAGUCUUUUGAUUAAAUGAUGAAUAGGUUAAACUUUACUAAAAGUGGAAGUUUAAAAAAAGAGGUCUAAUAAAUUAUUGAAGAUGAAAAUUUAAAAGAAUAAUAAAAAUAAAAAAGAAGAUAAAUAUUAAGAAAGUCAACUCCUUAUGAUGAUUAUGUUAAAAACCUUUUAGAUCUCGAAAGUAUACCUGAAGUACCACCUGAGGCUCAAAACGCAAUUGUUAUCAAUCUUUUUUGUGUAGACGAGAAUUUCGAAAGUAGAUCAAUAGAUUUUGUAGAAUAUGCAUUUAAUAUUUUCCAAGAUAGAGACUAUAUAAUACUUACAUAACCUUUUACAUGUCCAGAAACAACACUUUUAUAGCAAUUUAUAAAGAUUCAAAUGAAAAAGAACUCAACAUUUGACCACGUAUUAUAUAUUUUCCACAAAGAUGCACUUUUAAGCAAUUCUAUAUUUAUCCGUAAAAGCAAACUAGAAGAUAUGUAAAAUGUCGACCUUCUAUUUUCAAAUCUUAUUAACAAAGAUUAGGUUUAUGCUGACACUUUUGAAGCUAUAACAUAAACAGUUUCAAGAAAAGUAGCAUUUUCUGUCUUUUGUGAUUAAGCAGUAAUUUUUUAUUUUAUAUUUUAAUUUUUUUAAUAAAAAAAAGUUAAUUGGCAUAUAUGUAGUUUCUAAAAACGUUAAUUUAGAUUUUUAUAUAUCUCAUUUUUGUGUUCAAGAUCAUAUUAUAUUAAAAGAGCAUCCCAUGACUUACCACACUAAAUUGAUACAUACAGCACUUAAUCCUUUGUUUUCUAAAUGUACAAGAUUUAUUCUUAAAGAAAUCCUACGUUUAAUGAAUAAAGUAAAAAGAAAUAUAUUUAACGAAAAAAUAAAAAUAAAAAAAAGACUUGUAUGUAUUUCGAAGUCUAAGAACGAACAUUACUUCCUGAUGUUUUUAAUGAAUUAGUAUUCGUUCGUGUGCGUACAUUCCCUCAUUUACUUAAGAGAAAAUGGGAUUUCGAACACGAAAAAGAACAUUUCGAACGAACAGGUGACUUGACCGAAGUCCAAGACGGCCAAAGAGAUGCUUUUGAUUAAGAACAAGCUCCAUUCUCAUUAUCAAUGAUAACAAAAAAGCAACUAAGUGGUGUAAAAAUAUCAAAUAAUUCCCGAAUAGUAGUAGUAGGAGCCUCUGACACAGGAAUAUCCUUCAUAGAAAGUUUAUUAUCAAUAAAAGACAUUAACUUUACUCAUAUAACCUUAUUAGCACCCGGUGGUUUAAUAACAAUGCACAUAUAAAAUCCUGGGGAUCAACUAAAAGCAUUAUCAACAGACUAUACAAUGGAAGAAUUAAGAAACUUAAUGUUGGAUGCUAGAGUGAAUGUUUUAGAUGCAAAAAUGGUUGGUUUGGAUAAAAAAGGCAAAAAAAUAAAACUCGACAAAAAUGCAGAUUUACCUUAUGAUUAUUUAGUCUGUACAGUAGGGUUAAUAGAUACAGAAUUAUAAAAUGAAAAAAGAAGACUAAUUUCUACAGGACUAUAUUCUUCCCCUUAUUAUUAACAUCUUGUGGAAAAAUACGAGGGCUCAAAUGAAUAGCAUCCUGUUUAUGGAGAUUAUAUUAAUGGCGUAUAUAGUAUUGACGAUCCUUAUAUAUACGAUCACUUUAAAAAAACAGGAAAAAAAGACUCCAAUAUAGACCUUUUAACAAGAAGAAAAAGACCAUAAAAUAUAACUGUCUAUGGAAGAACUUUACAUACAAUUGCCUUUAUUUCUGGAAUGCUUAAUAGAGGUGUAGCUCCAAAAAGAAUUCAUUAUGUGAUUCCUCAAAGAGUCUAUGAAAUAGAAACCAAGUUUAAAAAUAAUACAGAUAGAUUAAAAUAUGAAGACAAAAGAGUUAAUGAUCCAGAGCCUUUUAAUGACGAAAAAGUAGAAGAAAUGGUAUUCUAAAUGAUGGAAAAAUUAGGAAUUAACGUAUUUAGAGGUUUCGGUUUACACGAAAUUUAAGUUGAUGAGUAUACUAAGGCUUGUUAAACUGUUAUUUUUAGGAAAAAAUCAGAUGAUUUUGAUGAAAUAGAGAGAAGAAUUGCAGAAAAAAAAUAAGAAAUUCUUGAAAGAUAAAACGAAAAUGAAAAUUAUAAAGACAUAGAUGAUAACUUAAGUAGAGGAGAAGAAGACGGAAAUAUUAUUAUUACUCCAGAAUAGGAAAUCGAACAAUUAGAAGCCUAAAAAUAUAAUGAUAUCGAAAUUAAUUCCAGGUUCUUAAUCACUUCAGGACUUGUAGAUAUUGAUAAAGAAAUAUUUUAUAUAAUUCAUGAAAACGGACUUGUUUAUAAUGGAAGACUUAUUGUCAAAUCAAACUUCUAAACUACCGAAAAAGACAUAUUUUGUUGUGGAAAAAUAUGCGAAUUUUCAUAAAGAUAUAAAAGACUGUCUAUAGGUAGAUCCUUGAAACUUGAUAAAUAUAAUGGAAGAGAAUUAGGAUAAAAAUUAGCAAAAUGUCUCCUUGAUGGACUUGAUUUGGGAUAUUUAACAGAUUAAAUUUACAGUUUAGGCGAAUUGCCAAAUCUUUAUAUGCCUAUUGGAAUAGGAGCAUUCUUACCAAAUAAAUAAUAUUAUUAUAAUAUUAAAAAAAAUGAUUAUGCAAGACCACUUUUAACUAUGGAAGCUGAAAAUAAUAGAGAAGAUAUUGUAUGUAAUAGUAUUGAUUAAGAAACUAAUUAAGGACAUUAUAUAAGAUUUAAAUUUGAUAAUUAUGGAAUUAUAGAUGAAAUUAAUUAUUUUGUAAAAAAGAAAAAUUAAUAUAUUUAAAAAAUAUUUUUAAAAAAUUAGGGAAGUGAACCUAUUUCUGUUUAAAGUUUAGUUUCUUUUGUAGGACUUUCAGAAAAGUAUCUUAAUUAACUAGAUGUAAGAUAUAAAAAUAAUCUCAUUCCUAACAUUGUUGAAUUUUUGAGUGAAAAUUGGGCUAUUUGCCUUUAUCAUGAGUGGUUUAGUGAAUUCAGAUAUAUCACUAAAACUGAUAUUUAGAAAUCUUAAAAUAUUUAAAGUAUUUUGGAUGAAAUCGGAAGACAUGCUAAAUCAGGAUAAUUCUUAGUUUAAGAAUUAUUCUAAAAAAUUAGAGGCUAAAUAAGUCCUGAAAUUAUUAUAUAAAUUUAAGAAGGAAUAUUAGACUUUAUUAGGGAAAAUUAAAAUCAUCUACCUAUGUAUUAUGUUCCUCCUAAAAAAUUCACAAUGGACUCAUGA